AUGUGGGCCGAAGUCAAUGGAGAGCGCAAGAAGGUCGCCUGCGGUCCGUGCAUCCGCGGCCAUCGCUCGUCGAAAUGCGACCACAGAGAUCGAGUGCUUGUCGAGGUUCGAAAGCCGGGUCGACCUUUGAGUAGCUGUCCACAUCCGACUGGCUCAUGCAGUUGCGAACGUGUCGUCAUCAACUACACAAUUCCCAAAGCGUCUGAAUGUGCUUGCCCUUCGGAACGAGCUGCACCCACAGCUACUGUUGCAGGAAAUAGUCGAAUCCAAAAAGGCAGGCGUAAGUCUGCAGCCGUCACCCCGUACAACCUCGAGAAGGCCAUCCAGGCUGGCUUUGACGCCAAGACUGAUGCCUCUUCCAUCACGUAUACGCCCUCGGAGACAAGUGGCAGCAACGCAGCGUCACUUCCUUCGAGUGCAAGCUCAACCCCACGUUUACUCCCAGCGCAAAACGAGCCCGUCUCAAGUUGCUGCAAGCCAAAGCCGGUUCUGUCGCCAGUUCAAGAAGGAGGUUGCUGUGGUAGCAAAGCCAAGCCAGCACCAGCGCCAACACAAGGAGGCUGCUGUGGCAGCAAAGCCAAAGCCAAACCAGCUCCAGAGCCGCCAGUGCAGAAGAAGUCUUGCUGUUCAACGAAGCAGGAAGAUGCACCCGUCAACGAUCAGUCACACGCUUAUCAACAUAUGGGACAUCAAUUCCAAUUUCCAGCUCAAGCGGUGAUCCCACAGUACCAAAACUUCCAUGCGCAAAUACCAUCGCCUGCACCGAACCCCUUCGGUCUCGGCACUCCAAUCUAUAACCAUGCAGCGGCAGCCUAUCAUCGCCAAAAUUCCGUAUCGAUGAGCCCGUCAACGAACCCUCCCAUGUCACCGUCUGUUGCAAGUCCUCAUAUCGGUCAACACGUCCCCGAACACAACUGCCACUGCGGAGAGUCAUGUAGCUGUUUUGGAUGCGCAGCCCAUCCUAAUAACGCUACGAUGAUGGAAUAUGUCAGGAUCAUGGCACACUUCCAGUACAAUGGCGGCUUCGGAGGGAUGCCUCCACCACUCUACGACAUGCCUACCUACCCUCAUCAAUCUGGCUACGGAGCGGAAGCCGGUCACAACCUGAACUUCGGCCCAAUGCAACAAAGCUUGGCAACACCCACACCAACGCAGAUGAGCUUCCAACAGAGUAUGGAUAUGGCGACCAUGCCCCAGGUACCAAUGGUGUUGCCCAGGGACUGGCCACAGCAACUGAGCCCCGUGCCAAGCCAGCCGCAAGCCCAGUUCUCGACCAGCCUUGGUUACACACCACCGGCCAUGUCAGCGCCAAGCGACACGUUGCAACAGUCGGCCGACACUAUAGGAUCACCCGCAGCCAGCAGCCCAAGCGAUAUCAAAGACGAAGACACCGUAACGCUAUCGCCAUCAUCCUACUUCUGGAACGAGAUGACCCUACCAAGCUGUUCAGACGCGUCUGGUACCUGUCAAUGUGGAGAUGGCUGCGCAUGCGUCGGCUGUCUUACACACGGCGGUCAUACCGGUGAACCUCUGGAGGACCCAACACCGACGACGACUGCAGAGCAUGGCUCUUUUCUCGGUUUCGACCCGAGUCUGGCCCUCAAUAUGAACGACCCGACCGACUUCCUCAGCUUCAAUCCCGGCCCGAGUUGA